AUGGCUUCAACAUUCAUCCCCGGCAGAUCUCGGUCUGCACAACCACGACCCACGACGACAGCUCUCCUCCUCUUUUUUGCGACUAUUCCUUUUGUGUCUCCCGUUGCUGCGCAAUCAUUCCCAUAUGUGCCUACGGAGAUUCUCAUGCCAGAUCCCACCUGCGUCGACGGCAGCGUACCAUGCAGUGCUUCGGAUUUAGCAUUCAUCUUUCGACAAACAGCCUCUGGUAAAGUCGAGUUCAGAUCCCUCAACUUUUCCGCCAGCGUAGAUGCGGACGAACCCAGUCUCGAUCGACCUGCGGGCAGCACGACGUUGCCCUUUCUCGACGACGAACCCAAAAGUACUGCGUUUGGCGCUGCAAGAACGGCAAACGGCUCCGUGCUAGUGUACGCAGGCGACUGCAAAACUGGUAUCAGCGAUGUAUGGAGCUACGACUACGAGGAUGGAGGCGAGUGGUACCGUCGAGGUCUUAAAAACGGCAACGACCGUCGCGCACCUUAUUUCCUCGGCGGCACAGUCGCCUUUUCUUCCAGUCUCGCUCCUGAGAUGGACCAGCCUACUCUUUAUACCUACGGUGGCAUGUGCGAGACGCCAAAGUCAGGAGAUGCGACGAACUGGCAGAGUGAUGCCAAUUAUACCAAGACGAUGCUGAGAGUUGCGCCGAACGACGGAGAUACUUAUACUUCGUACAAAAUGAGCGUGGCAUCCAGCGGUGGACCUCGAACACCGAUUGCUGGCUUUACACUGACUGGUUUGACGCCUUCGAUGACCAAUAAGUCUGGCAUCGUCACGCAGCAAAUGAGUUAUGUGUUGUUAGGAGGACAUACCAAGACGGCUUUUAUCAACAUGAGCACAGUUGCCGUAUGGAACUUGCCAGCCGAGACAUGGAGUUAUGUCAACAUUCAAGCUCCUAAUGGUGAUUUCCCAAAGUCGGAUCUUGCCAUCAAGGACACAAGUGCCCAGUCUAAACGAAGUAGUGCAACGAAUACUGCAGAUAAUGUCUACAGUCGUUCUGGUCACACUGCGACUCUAAGCGAAGACGGGGGCUCUAUCAUCGUCAUCGGAGGCUGGGUAGGCGACGUUAAUACUCCCGCUGAACCACAGCUUGCGAUCCUCGAGAUGAGCGAAAUUUACAGUGGGUGGCAGUGGAAGAUUCCGGAGGUGCAGCCUGAUUUUACUGGUAUUUACGGUCAUGGCGCUGCGGUGUUGCCAGGAAAUAUGUUGAUGGUCUAUGGUGGGUGGGAGACGUCGAGUUCUUCAAGCCGAAUCAAACGCCAGGCCUCAUCGGGCUCCCUUCGCUUUUACAACAUUACUUCUAGGUCAUGGGGAUCUAGCUACACGAAUCCCUCUUCCGCUUCUUCGUCAACCAAAGAGAACGAUGCCCCAACGGAAAACGACAAGGGGUCGAAUUCGAAGCGCCUUGGCCUUGGCCUCGGAUUAGGCUUUGGCAUCGCUGCUUUGAUCGGUAUUAUCAUUGCCGCCUUGUGCUGGUACAAGAAGCGCAAACGCCACAUCAACAACCGAGACGAAGCAGUCCGGGCUCUGUCCCAAGAUCCCAGCUACUAUCAUAGCGACUUUCCCGAAAUGACGGAGAAUGACCCUUGGGGACUCAACGAUACCGCUUGGUAUGGUCGUGGUGGUCCAUAUCCUCCCGGAGAGCGAUCACUCGGCUACGAGUCGAUGAGAGGCGCUCGAAGCGGCAUGCCUGGACUUCAUAUCCCCCACAAACCCAUGUCGAGACCUUCGCGCGGAGGUUAUGUGCCUACAGGGGGUAGCUUCCCUGGACCAAUCCACCCAAUCUACGAAGAUGAAGAAGAAGAAAAUUACCAGAACCGAGGUUUAUAUGACCACGUUGCAACACCCACAUCCGAUGUUCAUUCGGAUCCUUUCCAAACUCCAGUUACUGCUACCGGCCAAAACAAUGUGGCGCAUCCUAUAUGUCUUACCCCUGGAGGAGGUAGGGCGUCAGCUACACCCAGCCCUGAGAACCGCCGCCACGAUCCAGAGGUUCAGGAUUGGGUGACCGAGGUUGAUGCUGCAGAGGGACUACUCGAGCGUAUGAACAGUCGAAGGAGCCAACAUAAGAAUGCCCAGAACGUUGAUAACGCAGAUGGUCCUGCACGAAUGAAUAGUCGUCGAAGCCAGAACCAAGGAAGCUUUGGCCGUACUUCCCCAACGCGGCAUAACUCAACACGAUCAGCUGCUCUGCGAGAUGAUGAGUCGCGAAGCGGAUCUAACUUGUCCGAAUCGGCACGAAGCGCAGCAGAGAGCAUCAAGGCUAAAGCACGACAACUCAAUCCGCUAGCUCCCGCUUUCUUGAUGACUGGUGCCGAACACCCUAAGCCUGGAAGUUCGUCUUCUGAUAGUUACAAUACUGCUCACUCGUCGUUUGGCGCUCUACAAGCCGAAGGACCUUCGCUCCUUAUGGGGGAUCGGGGUCACCGGUACGACGAUGAUGAGCCUUCCUCGCCAUCCAAGUCAAAACCACGUAGGGGGUGGUUAGGUUCUCUCAAGAGAGUAUUUUCAGGGGCUAGUACUCCUCAAUCCUCCCAUGAAGACAUGUCUGGAGUACGGCGUUCGUUUGAUCAAGAGCCUGUGAGCGGUGAUUAUGAGCCCGGUCUGGUUGGUCUGCGCGGGGAGCUUCUUAGGCGGAAGAAAGGCAGACAAGACUGGGAGGGUCUCGGUCCCAUACCGCGAGAUGCUAUGAUGUCUGGAGGUUCGGGGCCUGAACCUGGAACCGAGUCUGACUGGGACAUUGAAAGAGCUGUAGAGCAGCGACUGGUUCAAGUCAUGUUCACUGUCCCCCGAGAGCGAUUACGAGUUGUUAAUGGCAACGAGGAGGGGAGCGAUCGUGAGGAUGAUGACUUGAUGAAGCCGCAAGCAGCAGAAUUGGUCGAUCCUGACGACGAGCAUGAUCUGUCAAGAGACGAGAGCGUUCAGGAGAAGCAAAUGGAAGCUGGUUAUGAGCAUCCGGCGCUACGGAGUGUGGAUGAACCUCAAAGACAGGAGAGCAGUUCUAUGGCUGAGAAGCAACGACUUGUUCAUGAUGAGGAAGAACGAGUAAACGAGAAGCAACGAUAUGAAGAGAAGCAACAACUCCUCGAUGAGAAGCGUGCCGAGGAGAAACGACUUGCAGAGGAAGAAAUUCUGCAAGCACAGCAGCAGGAGGAGAGAGAACCGAUGAAGAGACAACAACAUCAACCUCCUCCACCAGAAGAAGAGCCAUCAACCUCAACACUACAACAACCUAAACCCUCACAUCUCCAACCCCGUCCUCUAUUCCAUCACCGCACUCCUUCACCAGCAGGCUCAAUAUCCCCUUCCCCUUCUCCCACGCCAUCUCCCAACCGUCCGAGCUUUCACUCCCGACGACACACACGCGGCGACUCGAAUAACUCAGUGGGAGGCUUUCUCCUCCCAGAGCUGAAUACGCUAGAACCUCGCUUUUCACAUUCUACGGACCGGUCCUCGGGCAUCCUAAUGGAAGCGCAAGCUGUUCCGCUGACUAGAGAACGAGCGCGAACGCGCGUCCUGGCCAUGGUGGAUAGCUUUGAGAAUCUAAGCCGUGAGAACAGCCCGAGUCCCACAAGGUUUUCAUAA